GCACGGUAAGCGUGGCUGUGAAUUUCCUCAGACUGUUCCACAGAGAAGCACAGCUCCACUGCGAUGUUCAAGUGCAAGACAGUAUGGAAUAAGCUGGCUCCGCUGGCCCGGGCCUCGUCCACGUUGUGUCUGCAGAAUGCGAGGAAAUCAGUCCUGAGACAUGGCAGAAGGCUGGAGAUGGUUCAGAGGGCCCAGAUGUCAUCGGGGCCGCCAGGAGGUGGUGGGGAAAAUGCUGUGUAUUUUGUCCUGGUUGGAGCAGCAUGUCUGGGGGGAGGCAUUUAUGCAUACCGCACCGUCUCGCAGGACAGUGAAAGGUAUAAUGAGCGUAUGAGACAAAUUGCCAGUCGACAAAGUCAAGAGUCGAAGCCUGCUAAAGCUUUAGCUCCUGAGACUAGUCCUGCUGCUGCUCCUGCUGCAGAGCCGAUUGAUCCCACUGCUCCUCACCUGGAUGUUCUUGAACACGCUCCAUACCUGCUCAUAGGUGGAGGCACGGCUUCAUUCGCUGCAGCUCGCUCCAUUCGUGCACGUGACCCUGGUGCCAGGGUGUUGAUUAUCACAGAGGAGUCAGACCUGCCCUACAUGAGACCUCCUCUCUCUAAAGAGCUCUGGUUCUCUGAUGAUCCCAAAGUCACAGAAUCACUGCGCUUCAAACAGUGGAACGGCAAAGAAAGGAGUAUUUACUUCCAGCCUCCCUCAUUCUACGUCAGUCCUGCAGAUCUUGCCAAGGUGGAGAACGGUGGUGUGGCUGUGCUCACCGACAGUAAGGUGGUGCACAUGGAUGUCAGAGGAAAUAAAGUCAAGCUGAGUGAUGGUUCAGAGAUCUCCUAUGAGAAGUGCCUCAUUGCCACAGGUGGGGUGCCGAGGAACCUGCAGGUUAUUGACAGAGCAGGAGAAGAGGUCAUUAAGAGGACAACCCUCUUUAGAAAAAUUGAAGAUUUUAGAUCUCUAGAGAAGAUCUCCAGAGAGGUUAAGUCCAUUACCAUCAUCGGUGGAGGUUUUCUCGGUAGCGAGCUUGCAUGUGCCUUGGGUCGCAGAUCUGCUGACCCUGGUUUAGAGGUGAUGCAGCUCUUCCCAGAGAAGGGUAACAUGGGAAAAGUGCUGCCUGAAUACUUGAGUAACUGGACCACUGAGAAAGUCCGGAAAGAGGGUGUAAAUGUAAUUACGGAUGCUGUAGUAAAAAAUGUGACCUACAAAAAUGACAAAUUGGAGAUCAAGCUAAAGGACGGACGACUGGUGAAAACAGACCACAUAGUGGCAGCAGUUGGUUUGGAGCCCAGUGUGGAGCUUGCCAAAUCAGCCGGGCUGGAAGUGGACUCUGAUUUCGGAGGCUAUCGGGUUAAUGCUGAGCUCCAGGCUCGCUCUAACAUCUGGGUGGCAGGAGAUGCUGCAUGUUUCUAUGACAUUAAGCUGGGCCGCCGGCGUGUGGAGCAUCAUGAUCACGCAGUGGUCAGUGGCAGACUGGCCGGUGAAAACAUGACCGGAGCCAACAAACCCUACUGGCAUCAGUCUAUGUUCUGGAGCGAUCUUGGACCAGAUGUAGGAUAUGAAGCCAUUGGUAUAGUGGACAGCAGUCUGCCCACUGUUGGAGUGUUUGCUAAAGCCACAGCCAAGGACACACCAAAAGCUGCUACUGAACAAUCAGGAACCGGAAUCCGCUCAGAGAGUGAGACGGAGGCAGUUGCUGGAGUGUUGGAGGUGGGAACAGUGACCCCCGCACCUCCUGUCCAGCAGAAGGAGGAUUAUGGGAAGGGAAUAAUAUUUUAUCUGAGGGACAAGGUGGUGGUUGGUAUCGUUCUGUGGAAUGUCUUCAACAGAAUGCCCAUUGCAAGGAAGAUAAUCAAAGAUGGAGAGGCACAUACAGAUCUGAAUGAGGUGGCCAAGCUUUUCAACAUUCACGAAGACUGAACGGUCUUCAUUUUCUUUGUUCUCUUUCCACUGUCAGUUUGAAGUGAACUUGGACACACACACACACACACACACACACACACACACACACACACAUGCACACAAAACAAACACGAAUGCUUGCAGCAGCCUGUCAUCUGACCUUGAAGGCUGAGGUCAGGACAUGCAGUGCUGCCUAUCGGCUGCAAGUUGGCGCUGUGAUUUCAUUGCGCCCAUGAAUUGGUUAAAACCAUUAUUCAAUUUUCUACUGAGGGAAACUUUUCCUGUUGUUUGUAUUGAAAAAGUUGUGCUGUUUCUUUUUCUGUUGAGGUCAGUAAAUGUUCAUCUCUUCUUGAAUGCAUCCCUUUUCAAACAUUUCCUCCAAAGCCUCAAAACCAGACAGGAAAUCCACUUUCAAUGAUUAUGGCAUUAAUGUUUCAUAUCCAAUCAAACAAAACCAAGUGAAAGACAUUCCUCUGACACCUGGUGGUUUUUCUGCCUGCACGAUACAAAGCAGCUGGUACAAAUGAAAACUGAAUAAAAAUAAAUUAUUUUAAUUAUA